AUGGAUAAAGAGAUUUUGAUGGAUGAGGAUGUUUUACGGCAGGCAGUAGUGGAGCAAGCUGCUCAAGAUCAGGUUGGCCGUAUUGUCAAGGAGGAUGGAGUCAACUUCAAUGAAAUCCUUAAACUACGACUGGAAUACAGAAACAUCCUGAUGAUUGACCACUUAUGGGAGUUCACAUCUUUGGCCAGACUGGAUUUGAACAACAACCUCAUAGAGAAGAUUGAGGGCCUGGACCGCCUGAUUAAUCUGACAUGGCUUAAUCUGUCAUUCAACAGCAUAGAGAAGAUUCAGGGUCUGGAGUCUCUGCGGAAGCUUGAAGUGCUGAAUUUGUCCAACAACAGAAUCUCUGUUAUUGAAAAAAUGGACGCACUUGAGAAACUCACUCAUUUCUUCAUCGCCAACAACCUCCUUGGACAGCUGGACAACGUGCUCUAUCUCAGGAAGUUCAAGAACAUGUUCACCAUCAACCUAUAUGGAAAUCCUGUCUCUGAGGAAGAAGAUUACAAAUUUUACAUCGCAGCAUACUUUCCAAACUUGAGGUGCCUGGACUACAGAUUACUCGACGAGAAAACAAAAAAUGAAGCAUCUAUAAAAUACAGCUAUGUCCUCGAUGAGAUAAAACAUGAGGAGCUGCAGAUGCAACAAGCUGAUGAGGUGGAGCAAAGCCAGAAAGCUGCAGUCAAACUACACACGGACGCCUUUGUGGAGUUCCUGAAUGGCUCCUUCCUGUUUGAGAGCAUGCUGAAAGACGAUCCAGAGGCAGAGACGCUACACCGUGUGCCUGAGGUGGCUCCUCUGCUUCAAACAUUUGAAGACCAAAUGGUGGAGCUGUGUAUGCAGUUAUUUGAAACAGGUUUGGCUGAACACAAGCGCAGAGAGAUGGAGGUGAACUCUUUCUUCAGUGGUCAGAAUGAGGCUGUGACACACUACCAGCAGGAAGCAUCCAAAAUAUUGGCACAUUUUGAGCAGCAACACAAAGCGAGGAUGGUGGAGUUGCAGCAGUUAUCAGAUCCAGACCUCCUGAAGGUCAAGAUCAACCCCUGCAAAGAGGAAAUCAACCAACUCUCUCACAGCCUCAUGGCACUGGAGUUUCAGAUGAUCACCCAGCUGGAGGAUAUCAUCAACAAGUUGGACGUCAACAUCUCAGACAUGAUUGGCAACUUCAGUGAAACUGCUCUGGGGAUAUUUGCACAAUGUCGAGAUCUGGAGGAUAAUUAUCAUGAGAAAGUGCAAGUGAUUGCAGCAAAUCUGGAGAAUGAGGGCAAGAACAACCUGGAUGAGGAAAUGCCAGAUCAAGAUAAAAUGCUGUUUGUAGACAAAGACACAGUGAUGGAUGCACUGGCCACCAGCCACGACAACCACCUGAUGAAGAUCAAUGACCGAGAGACUCAGUUGAUUACACGUGCUGAAGCCUGGAAGGAUGAGCUUGUAAAAGGGAUUCAAGACAAAGAACUUAAGCGGAACCGCAUGCGGAUCUCAGACAUCCACAGAUAUGCGGACCAUUUGUGGGAGCAGCUGGAAGAUUUGCUGUAG